AUGAACCUAAUCGACUACCGUCUGCGGGUCACGCUCAAUGACGGUCGUCAGAUGACGGGUCAACUGCUUGCGUUUGAUACCCACAUGAACCUUGUCCUUGCGGAUACUGAAGAGUUCCGUCGUAUCAAGUCGAAAAAGAAGAAGGCAUCCAAGCCCAAUAAGAAACAAAAAGUGUCGCACGGCGAUACCGCUGAAGGCGCACGCGUCGAAGAUGCGGACGACGACGAGGACGACGAGGACGAGGUGCCACCGCCUGUGCAAGAGCAGAAGCGGACAUUGGGAUUGGUGAUUCUCCGUGGUGAAAAUGUUAUAAGCAUCAGUGUCGAGGCCCCGCCGCCAGAGUCGAAGCGAGAUGCUGCUUCGCUUGCGCCAGGUCCUGGUCGCGGGAUUCCUGCCGGUCGCGGCGCUGCUAUGGGCGCGAUGCCUAUGGGUCGCCCGCCAUUUGGUCCCCCACCCGGUAUGCCCAGCGGGCCCCCGCCGGGCUUUGGUGGCCGUCCACCGAUGGGUCCGCCGCCUGGCUUUGGCGGUCCACCACCCGGCUUCCGUCCCCCAGGUGCUGCGUAA